AUCUAUAGUUUUACAUCGGGUGUGUAAAAAGCAACUUUGAAUUUGAACGACAAAAAUACAAAAUGUUCUAUCAUAUCGCACUAGAACAUGAUGUACUGCUUCAUCCUCGGUACUUUGGUCCACAGUUAUUAGACACAGUAAAACAAAAGUUGUAUCGUGAAGUUGAAGGCACUUGUACUGGAAAGUAUGGAUUUGUAAUUGCUGUAACCCAUAUUGAUAAUAUUGGUUGUGGAUUAAUUCUGCCUGGUCAAGGAUUUGUUGUAUAUACCGUAAAAUAUAAAGCUAUUGUUUUCCGACCAUUUAAAGGUGAAGUUUUGGAAGCUGUAGUUACGCAACUUAACAAAGUAGGAAUGUUUGCAGAAAUUGGACCACUCUCCUGUUUUAUAUCUCAUCAUUCCAUACCAUCAGAGUUACAGUUUUGUCCGAAUACUUCACCUCCAUGUUACAAAUCAAAAGAAGAAAAUAUAGCAAUACAGCCUGAAGACACAAUAAGAUUAAAAAUUGUUGGAACACGUGUUGAUGCAUCAGGAAUAUUUGCUAUAGGUACAUUGAUGGACGAUUAUUUAGGAUUAAUCCAUUAAGGCAAGGACGCAUCAAAUCAAUUUUUUUAUAUUGUCUACUGUACAUAAUAAUGUAUAAAUAAAAUAAACUUAGUAUUUUUAAA